UGGGGGCUGAGAGAGGAGUGAGGGGUUCGGCUCUGUUUGUGUUUAAUAUUAGUGUCUAUAUUAGCUUUCCGGUAGGAAGAUUCUCUCGGGCACAGAGCGCAGGAAUGUGUGUAUGUGUGUGAACAAACAUGAUUAAUAGGCCAGUGCAGGAAGGAAGAGCACAUGUGAGCGGCGAGAAGCUGAAGAAGUGAGGGAGGAGUGGCAGAAAGGAGGGUGGAGAGGAGAGAAGAAGCGAGUGUGUGUUCUGUCCGGGUCUGAUCUCUGUGAAGCACUGGAGCGUUCGGAUACAUUCCCAUACUGCAGCACUGUCAUCUCUGGAUAAACUACCAUCUGCUUCGGCUCACGCUACAAACCCAGAACUGAAUCUGUGCGAGCGGAUCACAUGUGUUUUACAGAUGACUGACUGGAGACUAGUUGCAUGCGUGGAUUGGCAGGCGGAGGAGACCGCGUUAUGCUGUCUGGAAAGAGCAAACUGGAGUGACACUGGAAUGUCUCAGGAAUAAUCCAGUUGCAGCAAUGCAACCUUUUUUCAGUCGCUCAUUCAUGCAUUAUACACUUACAUUCGCUCACGUGGACCUGCAGUAGAGAUAUAUUUGAUCAUUGAAAUUGAUCAAUUGAUUAUUGAAAAAGCUGUAAUUCUAUAUGACUUUCCUGUAUGGAUUGCACAUCAUCUGUGCAACAGGAUCAGCUAUAGCUAAAACUAUCUGAGGUGGCUGAAUGGGUUCUUCUUCAGGACCAUCAUUUCAUUGCUUUUCAAAGAGGAUUCGUUCUUAAAGGAAUCCUAACUGAAGUCACACAUGUAAUAUGGCUUAACUGGACAGAUAGGUUAGGAUGGUAAUUUCCAGGUUUGCGCUUUAACAAACAGUUUGGUCAAUUUAGUUAGAUCCUGAAAUGAUGUGUGGCAGAAUGGAAUCGUGAUAUUCCCAUGAUGCUGUGUGGUUUGAGGAGAGAAGGUCGCAACAACAGCGAAGAUGUCCCAUACACGAAGGGAAGCAAAGAUGCCGCAAGUGACAGCAGCGGCCUCAACAAGAGGAGCAGUAUAGCUGAUGAGCAGAGAGGUGUGACGACAGUGGAACUGAUUAAAAAAGAGGGCAGCAGUCUCGGCCUCACGAUCUCCGGAGGAUGUGACAAGGACGGCAAGCCAAGAGUAUCAAACCUGAGACCAGGAGGUCUCGCCAUCCGGAGUGACCAGCUCAAUGUCGGAGACUAUAUCAAAUCAGUGAACGGGAUAAACCUGUCCAAACUCAGACACGAUGAGAUCAUCAGCAUGCUGAAGAACAUCGGUGAGCGUGUGGUGCUGGAGGUGGAGUACGAGCUGCCGCCUUUCGCUCCCAACAAUCCCUGCAGCAUCAUCUCUAGAACUAUUGAAGUGUGCUUGGAGAAAGAAGGGAACAGUUUUGGCUUCGUUCUUAGAGGGGGCUUUCAUGAGGACUGGCAUAAGGCUCGACCUCUAGUAGUGACCUACGUCAGGCCCGGCGGACCCGCAGACAGAGAGGGAACCCUGCGAGCGGGCGACCGUGUGUUGAGCGUGAACGGUGUUGCUGUGAACAGACAGAAACAUGCUGAUGCUCUGACCCUGAUCAUGCAGAGCAGCCAGGAGGCUUUCUUCCUCAUCGAGUACGACAUCAUGGUCAUGGACUCGGUCCAGAAGUCGUCUGGGCCGCUGCAGGUGGACAUCGCCCGCUCCGCAGGUUCAGUGCUGGGACUCAGUCUCGCUACCUCCCUCUACAGGAACAAACAGGUCAUUACAAUCCAGAAAAUCAAGCCUGCUAGUGUUGCAGACAGAUCUGGUGCUUUGCAUGUGGGAGAUAUUCUCCUGGCUAUAGAUGGCAUGAGCACAGAGCACUGCUCUCUGAUGGAGGCUCAGCAGCUCCUGUCCAGCUCCUCAGAGCUCACCAAACUAGAGAUCCUGCCCUCUCAGCACGGCUCACAUGACACAGUACGUGUCCAGAGGAGUAGUCAGCGUCAGUGGGACUCUAGUGAGAACUACACCUGCGCUCCUCCACCUUUCCAAAAAAAACCCUCGACCUGGAGUCACACCACCCCUACACCCUCACACCGAUCUGUGACGUCUGGCAUCUCUGCAAACACCUCAGGCUUUCACAGUUACAACUGUGGCACCCAUUCGACGAACCCCAACACCUAUCCCAGCAGCACCCUGCCCUCCUACCCGUCCAGCCCUCGCUGCACCGCCACCAAGAGGAGACAAAGAAGAAGAGACCACAAGAGCUCAUUGUCUCUGGCCUCGAGUACGGUGGGUGCCGGCGGUCAGGUGGUGCAUAUAGAGACCAGUGUGGUGCUUCUGAGAGGAGAUCCUCUUUCUGGAUUCGGCCUGCAGUUACAGGGGGGAGUGUUUGCUACCGAACCUCUGUCAGCACCUGCAUGUGUUCGCUUUAUAGAGCCUGACACACCUGCUGAAAGGUGUGGGGUGUUACAAGUUGGAGAUAGAAUUCUUUCUAUUAAUGGAAUUCCCACUGAGGACGAAACACUGGAAGAAGCCAAUCAGCUGCUCCGAGAUGCAGCACUGGCCAAUAAGGUCACACUGGAGGUGGAGUUUGAUGUUGCAGAAUCAGUCAUUCCCAGCAGUGGCACAUUUCAGGUUAAAUUGCCCAAGAGACGUGGAGUGGAGCUGGGCAUCACGAUCAGUGCGAGCAAGAAGCCAGGAAAACCUUUGAUCAUCUCUGAGAUACAGAGAGGCAGUACUGCACACAGAAUAGGAACCCUGGAGCCAGGUGAUCGUCUGCUGGCUAUUGAUAAUGUUCGGCUGGAUAAUUGUGGGAUGGAAGAAGCCAUGAUGGUCCUGCAGCAGGCCGAGGGGAUGGUCAAACUGCGGAUUCAGAAAGAUGAAGACAACCUGGAUGAAUUAGAGUCGUCCGGUUCAGUCAUAUUCACAGUAGAGCUCAAGAGACACGGAGGUCCUCUUGGAAUCACCAUUUCAGGCACUGAAGAGCCCUUCAACCCCAUCCUGAUCUCCAGCCUGACCCGUAACGGCCUCGCGCACAGGACUGGUGCUCUUCAUAUCGGUGACCGUGUUUUGGCCAUCAAUAACAUGAGUCUCAAGGGAAAACCUCUGAGCGAGGCCAUCCACCUGCUGCAGACCGCCGGAGACACGGUUACACUCAAGAUCAAGAAGCGAUCUGAACCAAUUUUGGAGUCGGAGAGGGGCAGUCCGUCCAGGACGGCCUCAUGCGUGAGCGACAUGGAAGACGAUCGCUCAGAUUCUCUCAGGAGAGGGAAAUACUCUGAACUUCAUCGCCUGACCACACCGCCCAGUCUGGAUUCAGCCAUGGACUCGUGGGAUAGUUCGGCCUUAGAUGCCGGCUAUGGAAGUCAAGGUGUCUAUAUUCAUAGGGCAUCUGAUUUCACUCUUCAUCCUAAUGACUGGAGACAGACCAAUCACAGGAGCCCACUGCUCUCCAGAAGACACGCCCACCAUCCUGCAGUGUAUGAUGGGAGGCUGGGCGAUGAGGACUGGACAUACUCUGGAUCUGUCAGUCCCUCACGCUGUCACAACCACAACAGUACAGACGCUCAGGAGAACUACUGGUCACAAGCUCUUCAGGACCUGGAGACCUGCGGCCAAUCGAAAAUCCUGCGGGAGCUUGAGGCCACUAUAAUGUCAGGCAGCACGCUGAGUUUGGGAGAAGACUGCGAGAACCAGAAUGAAAGCAGGACCAGAGCUCUCACACUGAACCCAGAGAGGACCUCAGAGAACACCGCUGUAGCGGAGGACGUGAAGGACACCAGCCCAUCCAUGCCAUUGGAGCUCCAUAAAAUCUGUAUACAGAAGGAUGUUGACAGCAGGGAUUUUGGGUUCAGCCUGUCUGACGGUCUGCUGGAAAAGGGUGUCUACGUUAACAUGAUCCGCCCGGAUGGGCCUGCAGACCAAGCUGGGUUACGCCCAUAUGACCGUAUUCUACAGGUCAAUCAUGCACGGACCCGUGAUUUUGACUGCUGUCUAGCUGUGCCAUUGAUCACAGAGGCCGGAGAGCAUCUGCAGCUGGUCAUUAGCAGAAACCCUCUCGCUCAGGCACACAUCUGGCCACCUAAAAACUGUCAGGACCCUGAACUGCCCGUGGUUCCUGCACCAAAUCCAAAAAGAGUUGACCUCUGAUUCCCAAAAAUGAGCAACACGGAGCACAAUUUCAGUUGUUUCACACAAAUGGUUCUCUCUGUCAACUGCACAAUGGACACAUUAGCACUAUUUUUAUUAAUUAUCAUUUUUGAACUUUUUUUUUGUUUGUCACAAUUUAAUUACCCACUACUGUUUUUUUUUUCAUCCUUUUUAAAUAAUCCAGCACCAAACAAGCCACAUCUUCAAAGUUUAUUUAACCACUCACACAGGCACGCGAGUUAUAUUUAUACACUUUGCGAAUAUGGAAAUACUUUAGUUACACAAAACAUGUCAAGUUCAUCUUCAUACAUGCCACUUUUGUUUCUAAUAUGAAUAAAUGACACUCAUUUAGUUUCUGCUGUCAACAAUAACGCUUUGAUGUUGAUGCAGAUCUGCGGGUUUUUACAAAACACAGAGAAAUCUUCAAGCCAUCUUUUGUCUGUUCAGACGGUGAAAAUCUUUCUCUAAAAUCAUGACAGUUUGACAAUCUGAUAUUUUAGAAAUGUUCUGAUGAAAAGGUUUUCUCUGUUCCAGAGUGACGUCUUGAUGUGAAUGUUUCAGGUGCAUGUGAUGUCAUUUGUGUACCUUAAGGAAUUUUAGAGGAUUUUAUGGCUUUAUAUCCUGAUGCACACCAGGAAUAAAUUCCGAUUUUAAGUGAAGUCCUUCAAAGGAACUUGUUUUAAGUGUAACUUUUAAACCGAUAAUCUCUGUAAAUCAUUUACCCACUAUCCUUUAUUCUUUGUAUAAAGCCCUUUUCCUGGAUGUUAAAUAUGUAGAAUGCAAUGAAUAAGAUGUACGUUUAAUAUUCUUGGGUUAGAAAUGAUUAUUUGCUUUUUUAAAAUAAAAUAAAGGCUAAGAAC